AUAGAUAAACUAAUAAUCCAAUUGCCUCUAAUCAAUCAUCCACUUCCCUUGCAUCACCCUCUCUCUCUCUAUACAAGUUAUAAACCUCCCACCUCACAAACUUCAUUAUUUUGAGACUUUAAUAAAUUCAUUCAUCUUUGUGAAAAUAUGGGAAACUGUUGUGAGCCUACAUCAUCAACGGGCUGGGAUGGCGAAGACUGGAGUGAUUUGACGACGUCCAAGAAGACCAGAUCAAACAAGGUGUUUGACGAAACUCUUGCUCAUGGCAAAGUGCAGAAGAAGGAGAAGCUUAUGGGACCGCUAAGAGCUUCUCCUGAUGCCAAUGGUAAGGCAACAGAUGUAAGGAUUUCAAAGAAAGAGUUGGCAGAAUUGUUGGAGAAGCAACAAGUACAUGUUAAUAACAAGAAGCAAGUAGGGAGAGCUUCUUCAGAACAAGUUUUGCUACGCUUAAUAAAGGCUAGAAGACAUCAUGAUUCUCGUCAUGGAUUCUGGCGUCCCGACCUAGAGAGUAUUCCUGAGGUUAGUUGAUUCAACAUGGGAUCGACUAAUGGUGCUCAAGGAUUUAUUGCGUAUAAGUGUAAAUAGAUUGAGAAGGUCUUUUGCACCAGUAAUUGUAUAGAACAUCUAAGAAAUCCAGCAUUCUUUUCCCAACCUUUUCAUGUAAAAUAAUAGGACAGGAGUUACGGGAUUUGUAAUUAAUUCUUAUAAAUAAAUAAUUAGAAUUCAUUUAA